UCGACGGAUCCCUACUCUCUCCUCCAUAUGGAUUUCGUUACUUUCUUUUCUGCUCCGUUAUCCAUUGGCUUCUUGCCCCCUUUCUUCCUUAACUGUUGAUUAUUCUGAACUUUGAGUAGUUCCAAAGCGACGGGGACGAUUCCCUCUGGGUGUAGCUGGAAGCUCACUGUUCCUCCCCCAAAGCUCCCGAUGUUUCAGCACUGAAAUCAUUUCUGGGCAAAAGUCGCAAACUUUACCACAUUUCUGAGGAAUCCCUUUUCUGGGGGUCUUGGCUUCUUUGUCUUCCGUCACGGUUUUCUUGGGUUUUAGCGCAUGUGGGUUCUCUUCUCAGUUCCUCUCUCUGUUUGUCUUCUUCUGGUUUGAAGAACUUGCUGCUGGCUCCUUUCUCCUCUUCUUUAAGUUCCGAUUUCCCUUGGAUUUUAUCUUCUUCUUUUUCGGGUCUUCAAUACAUAAUAAAAAUAAAAAAGCAGUCCACUUAACAAGCAGCUGUAUUGAGUGAGACUUUGGAGAGAAUCAUUAUUGGGAUUGGAGGUGGGGAGAAAAUCAAUUGGGAAGGUGGGAGAGAGGGGAAGAGAUGAUGGGUUCAGGGACAAAUUUCGUUGCUACUGUUAUUGGAUUUGCAAUGAGUGUUACCUUCAUCAUUUUUAUUUGUACGAGAAUCAUCUGCUGGAGAUUGCGAGGUGGAGAUUCGAGGCCAAUGUUCGAGAUCGAGUCCAGGAUUGAUAUCGAGCAAGAACUGCAGCCACCUUAUCAUCAUCGAAUGAAUGGCCUAGAACCAGUAGUUGUUGCUGCUAUUCCAACCAUGAAGUUCACCCCUGAGGCUUUCAGUUCUGCAGAAGAGGCACAGUGCUCGAUAUGCUUAGGGGAAUACCAAGAGAAGGAAGUGCUGAGGAUCAUGCCAAAAUGUGGACACAACUUCCAUCUCUCUUGCAUCGAUGUAUGGCUCAGGAAGCAAUCGACAUGCCCCGUUUGCAGAUUCCCAGUACAACAGGACGACUCUUUUGAACCCAAACAAGAUGCAUCUUUCACUUCCAACUUAUCUAUGGAUCUUUCAGAGGAGCAUUCUAGGCAAUGGCUGCUUCCUGUUGCUGAUCCCUCACUGACAAACAAUGUUAGCAGCAGCAGUAGCAGCAGCCGAGGGAACUCGAUUGCUGCUCAUGGUGGCAACCGAGAACUUACAGGUGUAGAGUCACACACACGGCAGCAGACAUGAUGAAGCAAGAUAUUCCUGCUUGCCAGUGGUGGGGGGAAAAAAGACAGAAUUCAGAUCGGUGGAUACUGUGUUUUUAGGCAUUGGAAUUGCAGAUGGGUUAGAGUAAGUACCCAAGUACAGCUUUGGAUUCCUUUUUUUUUGUAUACUUUUUCUCCCAUCAGUUCGUUUUUGUACAGAGAAUUCAGAAUCCAUUCAUGCCCCGACAGAAUAGCGAUGAACCCUGAUUAAUCUUUAAGCGCUGAAAGUUUCUGUAACUCUGUUUUUAUAGCCAUCUAGGUACUUUCAUAGUCUGGGUUUCACCAACUAACAGUUCUAGUUCUCAGCUUAGCUUAGCUAGAUAGGAUGUUUACACCAGUGGUAAUAGACAUUAUAUGAUUAUGCAGGGAUUUUACCUCGAG